AUGGCGGUAACGAAAAAGAAGAGACGGCUCGAGACAGAGCCACAAACGCAAGUUGCUGCCACUUCUACUGCUGCUACUGCAGCAGCUGCAGCCCCGGCGAUGAGCGCCUUUGCGUUGCGUCGCAGGCUGCUGCAGAAGGCCGAGGUGCCAGUCGUGGGCGGCGACAUCGGGAUACAGGCUGCUCCGACAGGCGAGUCGUGUGGAAGCAGCGGUCCGGAUGACGACAGCACGACACGGCCAGCAGGCCAGACAGAGCCGGAUAGCAGGCCAGCCAGUGCGACCAAAACAUCCGAGGCAAUUGAGACGGCAGAUGAGCCAUCCGGCUUCAAGCCCAGACGGGAGGCACCGGUGCAGCGAUCCACGUUCCGGCCGACGAAGCAGAACUGUCGGCAUCGGGCGGAUGGGAGCAUGCGGCUGAAGCUGGCCGAGGGAGAGCGACUGGUCAUCCUGGGAAGCUACGGCGUCGUUGUCGGCAGCGGUGAGGUGACAGUGGCCGGCGCAACAUUGCGGCCAAGGCGACAGGCCUACUGGGUGCAUGCGCCACAGUGCCACGCACUGCCGAUAGUGCGGUGCACCGACGAGGCGACCGUGACGCUGGUGCCUCACCUCGGGGCGGCCGGGCUGCGGAAGCUGGAGCGGCUCGCGCCCGUGUUUGGUCAGCUGUGGAAUGAGACAAAAGAGGCCAAGGAGACCUUUCAAAUACUGUACACGCCGCAAGACGGGACGACACGGUCACAGGGGCUGGUGUCGCCUCCAGAGUGGAACAAGCUCAUGGCAGAGCUGGCAGCAGCCAAGCGGACCGGCAGCAGGCGAUCCGGAGGGGCUGGGGUAUACUUUGUGUGUGGACCCAAGGGGUCGGGCAAGUCGACGUUCUCAAGGUUGCUGACUAAUCGACUACUGACCGAAGAGGCCUCGACGGGCGGCGCGGUGGCGAUGCUGGACAUUGACCCGGGACAGCCCGAGUUUGCGACACCAGGAACGGUGUCCCUGGUACGAGUGAGCGAGCCGAACCUGUCGCCGCCGUUCUGCCAUCCAUACGUGGCCAGCCGGGGCAGUCCGGGCAGCUCAGGCAGUCCGGGCAGCGUCCAGCGGCUGCGGGCCCACGACCUAGCGGCAGCAUCGCUGGCCAGCGACCCAGAACAUUACAUUGCGUGCGUGAUGGAUCUGUACGGGGCGUACCAGCGAGACCAGCGAGACCAAGGCGGGCGGCGCUGUCCGCUGGUGAUCAACACACCGGGCUGGGUGCUAGGCACGGGGCUGGACGUGCUGGCCGAGCUGGUACGACGCAUGCGGCCAUCCCGGGUGGUGUACAUGUCACAGGACGGACCAGAGGAGACGAUGCAGGGGCUGCGGGCGGCCUAUGUGGACGUGCCACUGGUGGCGCUGCCGUCGCAGCCGAGCGAGUACACGUCGCGGACGGCACAGCACCUGCGAGCGAUGCAGACGAUGUCGUACCUGCACCUGGAUCUGGGUGACAAAGAAGCCAAAGACGGGCUCUCGUGGGACCCGACGCCGCUGACGGCCGUGCGGCCAUGGGUAGUGCCGUAUGCAAGCGGACCCGAGAGCGGCAUCCUGGGCGUUCUGUGCUACGACUACCAGCCGGGGCCGGAGCUGCUGGCCGAUGCUAUUAACGGAACGGUGGUGUCGAUCGUGGCCGUCGAGCGGGCGGCCGCGGUUUGGUCGGAUGACGGCGUGGAGAGCUUGCCGGUCGUGUGCUCGCCCGAAGGCCUGCCGUGCAUCGUGAACAGCGAGAGCACGGGUCUGGACCCGUUGCACUCGUAUGCCGUGGGCGUGGCACUGCUCCGGGGCAUCGACACGACGACGCAGACGCUGCAGCUGCUGACGCCGGUGUCGGCUGCCGCAGCCGUGGCCGAAGUGCUGCGCCAAGAUGGCCUUGGCGUCGUGCUCGUGUCGGGAAAGCAGGACGCGCCCACGUGGGCAUAUACGGAGGAGCUGUACCGACGGCGAGCAGACGUCGAGGCCGAGGCUGACGGCGACGAGGUCCGACACGGUGACGACGAGGCGAUGCCGUGGGUGGAGGUGCUGCAUGGCAACGAAAAGAGGGCUGUCGGAUCGCAGGUGUGGAGAGUGAGGCGGGAUCUUGGCCGAAACAACGGCGACUGA